UGAUAUAAUUUGAGAGUAAAAUAUAUUAUUAUGUAAAAUCGCCGGCCGGCGGCAGUCGGUGCGGGUUCACCAUAGAAAGAACACGUCGCCUCGAUCACGUGGUUCUAGUGACCCUGACCUCGGUCUCAGCUGACAUCAAAAUAAUCAACAAAAACAAUGACUUCAAUAGAUUACUCCAAAGUGCCAAUACAGGAGAAAUCCCUGUACACACCACCGUUAGCAGAAGUGGCUGAAGUAUUAUCUCGUGGUCUCCGCAACACGUUCGAGUCGGUCAGCGUCUCUGCAGAAGAAUGUCCAGACCUCAGAAAAGCACCAUUUGAUCUGACCACUCCAGGGUUGUCAGGCAAUGCGAAGCUCAUCGAGCUGGGUGGUCCCCCGUACUUGGUGCCGCUGGUGCAGCGCGACAAGAUCUACGACCUGGCGGCGCUGCUGCGGCACCUCGCGCGCGACCCCGCGCUGCUGGCCGGCGCGGGUGCGGGACCCUGGCCGUACAUUGGCGUUAACUGUGAGGGUAUCAUAAACAUGGCAGUCCGCGACGGCUCAGUGGAGCAAGGCACGCGCAUCGUGUCGAUCACGCCGGUGGGCGCGGCCAAGGGCAGCGGCCACUUCCUGCAGCAGCAGCUGCCGAACAACGAGACCAGAACCGCGCUGCUCGGGAACUACUUGCUGUCGGAGGGAAAACCUGGCAUGGUCAUAAAAGUAGAAGUUAAGAAACGUAUUGGACCAUCAAACUUCAUCACAGCAAUCAGAGAAACUUUGAAAGAACAUUACGGAGACAAAGUUGUCGGUCUGGGCGGCGCGUUCGUGCUGCGCGCGGGCAAGGUGAAGCACCACGUGAUGCCGGACUUCUCCGCCAGUCCGCUCUGCACCGACUCGGACGUGGACGCGUGGCUGCACUAUUUCGAGAUGACCGCGCCCAUCAUGCACGUGGGCACGCUGGUUACCGGCGAUAUGGGCCUGGACCUGCGCGUGCAGCACUUCCACGGGUACAGCGCGCACGGCGAGGGCGGGCACUACCACUACGACACGACGCCGGACGCCGCGCACUACGAGGGCUACUUCGUGCUCGCCGACAGCGUUGUGCGGGUCGACCGCCCGGAGGCCACGCACGCUAUUGGACGCGAUUGAUUGCGUUUUUAGAUGAUAUUUUUUACAUAUUUUUAUAUUCAUUUUAAGUUUAGAAUUGCGUAAACGAUAAACUUUUUUAAAAGCCUUGAAAUAAAGUGAAUGUGUUCAUUACAAUUGUAAGGCAUUUUACAAAUAUGUUUGAGGCGAAUUGUACAUUGUAAAUACUCUAGAAUCUAUAUACGUAAUAGAGAAAUGAUCUGUUAAAUGUUAAUAAAGUACUUUACUAUUGUUA